AUGGCCAUGUUAGCUUCCAAAUCGCCGUUUCCGGCGACCUUAGGCUCGACCUCCUCCAACCUCUCCGCCUCCUCCGCCCAAACAACUGUGCAAUCGAGUCGGAGGACACCAGCCAUGAUUUCCUCAAAUCAAUCGUUCGCUAGCCCCACAGAGUCCGAGUUCUCCGAUAUCGAAGGGCCAGAGUCAGCAAAGAAUUGGGAUGAGGAACGUGUAUGUGAUUGGCUGGUCACGGUGAACUGCGGAGAGUAUGAGAAGAUAUUUCGAAAGAACAACAUCAAUGGAGAGAACUUGUUGGAGAUGGAUAAGGCAGUGCUACAGGAGAUGGGUAUUGACAAAAUAGGGGAUCGUGUGAGACUGUUUCUCAAUAUCAAGAAAUUGAGGACGAAAGCAUAUGCCAAUCAAAAGAAGAGGAACAGAGACUCCUUUGCCGGUCUCGAAACAUUUACCCCGUCGUCAACUGGCUCGCCGAAGCCUCUCAACUCCGCAAGAGCGAUACCGACUCCGUCCGCAAACAAGAGAUACUCGAGGCAGUUCGACGGAUUUACCCCAGCCACCGCCAUCCCAGAGAAUAUUAGCAAACCACCUUCAAGACCUAGUUCACCCCUCGCCGGAUCAGAAGCUCGAGUUGCCAGACAGGCAAGAUAUGGUGUACUGAGCCCAGCAGAAGUCUCAAGGCGAGAGAACGCUCAAGGAUACUUCAAUGGUUCGAGCAAUCCUUCGAGUGCCGCGACGAUAAGUGGAAGACGGCCUGGUACACCCGGAGACGGACAACCGCAGACUGCACGACUAAUUCACAACCAUACCCGUGGCAAUGGUAGCAUCGAUGGCUCUCUAAUGGCUCAACUUCCACAAAACCAAGACAUCAUCAGGGUUAUCUCAUCCGGAGGACUCACCAAGGUUGUGCGGAUUGUAGAUUGCCAAUCGUGCGAUGAGGUCAUGAGGUUAACGUUAAGGAAGUUCGGGUAUCGAGAGGAUCACGACAGAAAUUAUUGUUUCUACGUACUCAACGGGGUCGAUCCUGACCCAAGCCAAUGUCGAAGAUUACCUGAGGCCGACUUGUGGAGGAUCAUCAAAGAUACGAGAAGGCCGGAACGCAAUCGACUCAUUUUACGGAAGAUCCACCAAGGUGAACCUGGAGAGGCUGAGCUACAACGAGCCGCGAGUAUUGCCAUGGAAGAGACUGCCACCAAUCGAAGCCGCCUACCAGAGGGUAUGGACAAACGAAGCCAACUCAAGGUGCAACAAGUCUUGGGCGAGACUUUCAACGAUGGACCACAACAUCCACUUUCGCCUGCAUCCUUCCAAUCCGGAACUUCAGCUGUUUCCGCUGGUGAACGAGAACGUAAUGUUCAUAAUGCAGCAAAGGACUUGGAGAGACCACCAUCGAUGGAACAACCAAGAGACACUGCGAGACCUCGACCAAGCGGCAAGAAGGGUGUGCUGCGACAAUUUUUUGGUCAAAGACCUCCCAGCGAGUUGAUCACUUCGGAUUUGACAACUUACUUUCCAGAUCAUCCUCGCGAGGAGAUUGAUCGAACCGCCAGACUUUCGCUACGAAGAUCAACACGUCUGAGCAAGGUCAACAGCCGCUUGAGUGUUGCUAGUAAUUUAAGCUUCGCCUCAAGUAUUGCCGAUGCGCCUCCCAUGCCAACUAUUGCCGAUACCUGGCUUAGCGGUAACAGCCAGCUCGCGAAAGUUAAACCUUUAGAUCUGUCAAGGGGCAACAGCGGACGCUACAGAGAUUCCGUGGCUUCAUCAAUGCUCGAACGUGUCCAAGAAGAAUCACCAACCGAACCCAACCGCAAAUCGUAUGUCUCAUUCGACAGUGGAUCGGAUACCACUAAUGUGAAUGUCACCGACCCUGAUGGAAAUGUCAUUCAAAAUAGCUAUUUCGAAGAUGGAAGUACAGAAGCUGGCGGAUCACUGCGAGAGAUCAGUCAAGCUCUGAACGAUGACGGAGAGGAUGAGGACGAGGAACUACAAAGUUUCUUGGCUGGCGACUCUUGGGAUGACAGCAAAUGGAUGAAGGGUGCUCUCAUUGGCCAAGGUUCGUUCGGUAGUGUGUACCUUGCUCUUCAUGCUGUUACUGGAGAACUUCUUGCUGUUAAGCAAGUUGAGGCACCAUCACCUGGUGCAAACAGCCAAAGUGAUGCAAGGAAGAAGAGUAUGAUUGAUGCUUUGAAACGCGAGAUCAGCCUCUUGAGAGAUCUUCAACAUCCCAACAUUGUGCAGUAUCUUGGUGCCAGUUCAUCUGCCGAACAUCUCAACAUUUUCUUGGAAUACGUUCCUGGUGGAUCAGUACAAACAAUGCUGAACUCCUAUGGAGCUCUUCGGGAGCCUCUCAUCCGCAACUUUGUCCGACAGAUCGUCACUGGACUUGCGUAUCUUCACGGCCGAGAGAUCAUCCACAGAGAUAUUAAGGGCGCCAACAUUCUUGUCGACAACAAAGGUGGCAUCAAAAUUUCCGAUUUCGGUAUCUCGAAGAAGAUCGAGGCCUCCAACAUCCUCGGUGGUGCUGGCAACAAUAAAAACAGACCGUCAUUACAAGGAUCAGUCUUCUGGAUGGCUCCUGAGGUUGUCAAACAGACUUCAUACACUCGCAAGGCCGAUAUUUGGUCUCUUGGAUGCCUUGUCGUCGAGAUGAUGACCGGGACUCAUCCUUUCCCGGAUUGCUCCCAACUACAAGCCAUCUUCAAGAUCGGCGGUGCGAAGAUUAGCCCAGCGAUCCCAGAGAACGCCAGCGAGGAAGCUCAGACAUUCCUCAAGUCUGCCUUCGAGGUCGACCACACCAAACGACCAAGUGCUGAAGAGCUACUCUUCAGCCCGUUCCUCAACCCCAUGACAUAA